UUUAUUUUGACCUUGGUGCUAGGACGGUUAGGACUACAGCCCAUUUCCUAACUACUAGGUCGUAUCUGAAAGUACCCCCAAUGCGGCAGCAGAAGGAAGUACCAGCAAUCCAACAGGCACGCCAACGGGGAAUAGCGGCAGGUGCUGUAGCACGGUGCAUCCGUCAGGCCGCGAGUCACGCACAGGUGACGUCCGCCGAGCACAGCCCCAUCAGGAAAACCUGCGCGCGGCGAAAAAACCACCGGCGGAUGUCCAGCAUUACUAGCGCACUCCAAGGUCCCCAUCCCGCCCUCGCGCAACCAUCCCCACAUUCCGCCCUCGCGCAACCAUCCCCAUGUUCCGCCCGCGCUCAUAUCCCCACAUUCCGCCGUCGCCCCACAUUGCCUGUUUCCCCCUCUUGCCACCCCCAGCGCUCCCUAUCUCCCCCACCCUCUUUCGUUUUUUAGAAUUGUCAAAAUAUAUUGCGCUCUCCCUCGCCCUGUGUCCCCCAUCCGGUCGGUCACCCGAGUUCCCUACGGCCCUAUCUCAACGGGCUGGCGGGCAAAGCCAGGUGGGCGCAGCGGGGAAUGCGGGAUAGGCGCGUUUACGGUCAGGCCUAGUCGCGAGGGCAGUCCGCGCUCGGCGCAAGGACUGGCGUGCACGGCUUGGCGUGAGUGAGGGCAUGGCGGGCUGCGCGCGAGGGCUGCGCAGGAUAGGCGUGAGGGCGUCUCGUUCUUGGCGGGCUUGGGUUGAGUGGACUCCAUGCGGGAGGGCAUCGGUCGGUGCGCCGGGGUAGCGGACUUGCCGCGUGAAGCAGGGCGCCUCACCCUUGCCCCGCGGAUGGGCAGAACGUAGCCCGUCGCCGCGUGGAGCAGGGCGCCACCCCCAUUCCCUCCCCCUUCCGCCAUCCUGCUAUCCCUCCCCCCCUCCCUGUACUUGAGAUGUGAAGGUGCAAUUCCACUGCGCCCCUCUGGUAACCUCGUUUUGACCCAUUCCCUUUGGUACAGAGUGGUGUGCGGAGCUGUGAACAGUUGCUUGUGCGAGGUUGGUGGCGAAUGCCAACCCCUUUAGAUCCGGCCAGUCAGCAGCUUCACAGCACAGCUCUCUCAUUUCUGCGGGUGGCGAGGGUGUCGUCACCUUUAAAGGGUAACCCUGUCGUUUGACGAAUUCAACUGCAAGAAUUUUGAAGUUGAUUUCAACCAUUCUGUGCGAUGGCUUUAAGGGCCCAUUUCGACGUAGCAGCAAGGUCGAUUUGAGCAGCUGCAACUCAUUUCGACAAUGCUGGUAGAUCGUUCAAAGUUUCAGGCGAUUAGGGGGGAGAGAGCAACGCAAUUAGGAGGCAGAGAGUUGGGCGUUCCUGCUUUUCCAUGGGCACUUUUUCCGCUUUCUGACCUUCAUUCCGUUUUUCCUCCGUUUUGCUUCAUCCUACUUCUGAUUCCUCGUUCCUGCAUCCGUUCCAUACAAAUCUUUCGUUUCCUUCGCAAAAUGGUACGCCCCUUGACUGCACCCAUGCACCUCAGUCCCUAUCUCUCCCCACCCCAGGUCAUUCCCCCCUUGGCAUGCCAACCUCCCCCCACUGGGAUCUGCGGUGCCUUGCGUGAACCCCGCUGCCUUGAAACCCUGUCGCCUCCAUCCCACACCUCCUUGCUCCCCCCCGGAAGCUGCCCCAAGUGUGCACUGCUGUUCCACUCGGUCUCUCCCGUCUCCACUGGUCGUUCCUUCCUUGGCAGGUCACACAUCCCCACUUGUCCUCGCGAUGCUCAGACUGCUCACAGAUGCUCAGACCGCCCACCGAUGCUCAGACCGCCCACCGAUGCUCAGACUGCUCACAGAUGCUCAGACCGCCCACCGAUGCUCAGACUGCUCACCUCAAGCAUGCCCUUCACUCCCGUCCCCACCCAUGGUUUCGUGGCAGCUCAGAGUGAGCAAUUCUACCCAUCACACACACCCUCCCUUCCCACAUCCGCGGUCCUUCCCUGGCCAGCCGUUCACCCCCAGCCAGGCCAUUCACCCCCUGGCCGCAUCUCAUAGGGAGCAACACAGCCCCUCACUCCCUCUCUCCCCACCUUGCAGCUUGAAGCUCAAACAUCCAAAACCGAGCUUCCAUGCGGAAAGAGUCACUUCUGGCGGCCGAGGAGCGAACCCGUGCCUUACUGGGGAUGCAAGUCGCAGUGGCAGCAUCGUCCGCUCUCACCCACUCCGCGAGUCCCGCCACUCAUCUGGCGCCGCCUCGCAGCCCACCGCCCGCUGCUCCGCGCAGACUUGCGCCAUCUCAGCCGCCCCUUUCCGCGCGCUCGUUCUCCCUCUUGACCAUGGUGCUCGCUCUCUCCCACCGCGCGCUUUUCCCCGCACUGCCUUGCCUUACUCUGGCAAUGGGCGGGUGAAGGGGAGGGAGGGGAGAGAAGCGAGCAACAAAGGCUCUAGUGAUGGUACGGACCUCCAUUGCACUGCUGCUGCUGCUGCUUUUCCUGCCCCUCCUGCUGUUGCCCUUCCUGCUGCUGCAGAUGAGGGAGCAGUUGCUGCUGACGGUGACAGUGACAGCAGCAGCGUGUGGGAGGGACUGAGCAGUAUGCAGCUGCAGGUGGGGACGGCAACACUGGCCAGCGCCUCCGGGUCCUCUCGUCCCGUCCAUCGGGUUCUAGCCUCGGGUGCUGGGGCGGUUGUGGCAGCACCAUCACAACCACCAACUUUGCCCGCAGAGUGCAGGGACGGCAGCGCUGAAACAGCAGUGGUGGUGACGACAUUCCUCUAUGACCAGGUUCCCAUCGUGGAUCGCUUGUUUCCUUAUGAGGUCAUUCUGACCAACACGUGUCAGCAGCGGGCCAUCUCUCGCCUGAGCAUCAACUUCUUUAGUUACAAUGGCAGAUUUCGCCCCUACUUCCUCAUGCCCCGCCUGCAGUUCAUUGGAUAUGGCAUAGCUAAUAAACACAGUAAAGAAAAUUAUCAGUUCAGGGUACUCCCUCCCCUGGGUGCACCUGAGGACUCGGUGAUAAUCCCUCCGGGUGCCACUUUCAAGUUCAACACCACUAUGACACUCGUGUUGUACUACAACAUCACUGUUAUUGCAGCCGCCUUCUCUCCUUAAUUCCUACCGCUACUCUGAGUCCGCCAUUGCUGCAGCUGGCUGGCGCGUUGCCGUUAUUAUUGCCGUUGGUUGCCCGUAUCCGACACUUGGAGGACUGGCAAAUCAGCCAAUCAACGAGUGCUGCAGGCCUCGUCCUUACUGCCUCCAAUCAGUGGGCGGCAGCGGAGGUUUGUUUUAGCGGGAGGGUGCAAGAGUCGAGAAUGAACAAUUUGGAUUUUGAGGUUUCGAAAUUUUUUUUUUUCCGUUCCUACACAUUCGGGUUGACCACCAGCUCGUUUCCCCCACUCGCCCUCACGUUUACGCACGCAACUAUGCACG